CGCGUCCGUAUAGUAACUUUUUAAGGCGUUCCAAGUAAGUUCCAAAUUCCAAUCCACCCACCCGCUGCUCAUAUAAAACAUAAGCAGUAGCAACCUCCAAUCCUCACACCCAAAACCCUCAGCAAAUUUCAGAUUGCAACACCCACACAUAUAAUUUAAGCAAGUCCGAGUUCGAUCUUUUAUUAAUUCAUUACAAAUCAAGCUGUCAUCCAUGGCGUCUGUGGAAGAAAUUUUUAACGCACAGAGGUCUCAGGGUCCAGCAAAUGUUCUGGCCAUCGGCACGGCCAAUCCAUCCAACUAUAUCUACCAAGCUGAUUUCCCUGAUUAUUACUUCCGGGUCACUAAGAGCGAGCACAUGACUGACUUGAAGAGGAAGUUCAAGCGCAUAUGUGAGAAAUCAAUGAUAAAGAAGCGCCACAUGCACUUGACUGAAGAUAUUUUGAAAGAAAACCCAAACAUGUGUACCUUCGCGGAACCAUCUCUUGACGCACGUCAGGAAAUAGGGGUGGUGGAGUUGCCGAAGCUGGCUAAGGAAGCUGCUUUAAAGGCGAUCAAAGAGUGGGGACAGCCCAAAUCCAAGAUCACCCACCUCAUCUUCUCUACCACCUUAGGCACUUCUGACAUGCCCGGUGCCGAUUACCAGCUAACCAAGCUCCUCGACCUUAAAUCCUCCGUUAAGCGGAUCAUGAUGUACCAACACGGCUGCUUUGGCGGCGGCACCGUCCUACGUGUCGCCAAGGAUUUCGCUGAGAACAACAAGGGCGCCCGCGUUCUUGCCGUCUGCGCUGAGAUCACCGCCAGCUGCUUCCGUGGACCCUCCGAGUCUCACCUCGACUCUUUAGUAGGUCAGUCGCUUUUUGGUGACGGAGCAGCGGCCGUGAUUGUUGGUGCGGACCCGGAUACAAGCGUUGAACGCCCUCUUUUCCAACUUGUAUCGGCGACGCAGACACUUCUACCGGACUCGGAUGGCGCCGUUCAAGGACAUAUGCUUGAAAGAGGACUGACAUUUCACUUGUUAAAGGAUUUGCCUAAGAUCGCGUCGACCAACAUCGAGAAAAGCCUGGUUGAAUCCUUCAGUCCAGUUGGCAUUAGUGAUUGGAACUCCCUGUUUUGGAUUGUCCACCCAGGUGGUCCGGCCAUUCUUGACCAAGUUGAGGGCAGACUGGGUCUGGAAGAGGAGAAACUUAGAGCAAGUCGUCAUGUUCUGAGCGAGUACGGGAACAUGUCAACUGCAUGCGUGUUGUUUAUAUUGGAUGAAAUAAGGAAGAAGUCGGUGGAGGAAGGAAAGGCCACCACCGGUGGAGGCUUGGAUUGGGGGGUUCUCUUUGGGUUGGGCCCCGGUUUGACGGUCGAGACAGUCGUCUUACACAGUGUCCCGGUGGAGACCAUUAACUGAGAGAAAUCCUACGUACUCGGUCAUGCCGUUGAAGAAGGCAUAAAAACAUAAGAAUGGUGAUUGAGCUGCUUUUUUCUUUAAUUAUCAUUCUAUAUUAAGUUUGUAACGAAUAAUUGACCUGCCUACCUACCUACCUGCCUGCUUCUUUUUUUUUUUUCCUUGUUGUCGUUAAUGCACAAUGUGUAAUCCAUUUUUUUAUUGUACGAUGGCUAUAACUAUUAUAAGUUAUUCUACUUUUCCCUUC